AUGUUACGUAUUGGUGGCUCAAAGAAAUUCGCUGAUGAUGCUGGAGUAAUUAAACGCUUAGAAUUUCCAGCUCGCAGUGUCAGUGUGACCUAUGCAUCGCUACACUCUGGAUAUACAUAUACAGUCAGUGAUCUAGAGCCUAACAGUGUCUAUGAUGUUCAGCUGAGUGCUUACUAUGAUUUAACUUUGAAUAUGCAGAGUAACUGGGAAACUACAAGCUGUUUCACUCAAAUGCAAAGACCACCAUUUGUACCAACUCCAAUACCUGUUGCUGUUUCACCGAGUCGAUUACAAGUUAUGUUGCAGCUGAGUCGCGUAAGCGAACAAUAUGGCAAAAUACGUCAAUACUUUCUUGUGGUAGCACCUGUUCACCUAGCCGAUAGUUUAACUGAACAAAUCAGCAUUGAUACAACAAUUACAGCAUCAAGAGGUCUUCCAAGCUCUGAGACUCGUUAUGUGGCUGCUAGAUAUCUACAGGACUAUUUUGAUCCUCCACCUAGGCAUUCUAGAAAUUUUACUCUGGGUAGCUUUCAUGUAAAAUCUAAUCGACCGGUAAGAUCUGCCAAUUCAAGUAGAAUUCGACGUCAGACUAUAACAACAGAUGAUGCAUUCUCAGAUGAAAUGGAUUCAGACAUUAUGUUUGAUAAUAAAGCUUUAGUUCUUGGCCAGGAAUACAAAGCAUUUGUAAGAGCAUGUGUAUUCCAGGAGGAUCAGUCAACUUCAGACGGACCAGAAGUAUGUACAUCAUCUUCAUGGUCUCAUGGAUUUGGACCGGAUCGUCAACUUCCUCCAUGGAGUGAAAUGAUGAAUAAACAUUUAAUGGAUGGUGAAUUAAGAAGUAAAAAUUCUAUGGGUGUAUCUGAUAGUGUGAAUACCAAUUCAUUGAGUUUUAGCCUUGCACGUGGUUUUACAGGAUCGGGAAACGAUAUAUUUAUCAUUGCUAUUGUCGCGGCAAUUGUUGGCUUAGCAUUGAUUGCUGUGAUCUGCAUUGCAUUCGGAUGUUUUAUGCGACGUAGACGUCGUCCUAAACUCAUCAAUCAUUUAACUCCAAAUGAUUCAACAAUGAAGCAACCUCUGAUGAGGAUGAAUGACUGUGGUCCAGCUAAUGGUAACAGCUUUCCUAUGAUCUCAAGUGGAAUGGAAGUGAUGAAUACUAACCUGGUUUCAUCAGUUGAUAAACGUGGCAGUUCGCUAACUGGGAAUGACAGCUUACAAAGUGCAACACUUCUUGCCGCCUCUUCACCGGGACCACCACAGUCAUCGUUAAUCUCAUCAAUUUCAGCUACAGGUCGACCGAAUCUGAUAACAUCAGCUACAUCAAGUCCACUCACAGGAAUCGCUCAGUUGGAUCCAAGGCAUCAUCUCUCUCAGGUCCCAUCCCCACUAAUCGAUAUGUCUGUACACCAUGGUUAUCCUCUUGGUUUAACAAACGUUUCGACACCACCGACUAUUCAACAACCUAUAAAUCCUUUCAUAUCCCACCGAGGAACUUCAAGCAGUCAUACUGGUAGUCAUCCAAGUUCACUGACUGGCAGUGGGACAGGCGCUACGCAUAACAUAUUAGGAAUAAACAAUUACUUAGCAGAAAAUAACAGUAAUACAAUGUGUGAUGGCUUGGUAAUAGCACGAAAUGGAUUGCCUGGUUCAGAGAGUGGACCAGAGUCAGCAUUUGAUCUGCAACAUCUACCAUUUGAAAUGAAGGGUCACUCUAUGCAUCAUCCAAUUCCAGUUAAUCUCUUACCAGAUCAUGUAGCACGACUUUCAGCAGCAGAUAAUUUGUUAUUUUCACAAGAAUAUGAAUCAAUUGAAACUGAACAACAGUUUACGUGGGAGAAUUCAAAUCUCGAUGUGAACAAACCAAAAAAUCGUUAUGCUAAUGUUAUUGCAUACGAUCAUUCCAGAGUUGUACUACAGUCAAUUGAUUGUGUUCCCGGUUCUGAUUAUAUUAAUGCAAAUUAUAUCGAUGGGUACAGAAGAAUGAAUGCUUACAUUGCCACUCAAGGUCCUACCCCAGAGACAUUUUCCGAUUUUUGGCGUAUGAUAUGGGAACAACGUGUAUCGAUUAUUGUCAUGAUGACAAAGUUGGAAGAACGAUCUCGUGUUAAAUGUGAUCAAUAUUGGCCAUCACGCGGUCCUGAAUCAUUUGCUGGUGGUCUUUUACUAGUCAAACCUGUAGAUACUAUCGAAUUAGCUUACUAUACAAUACGAACAUUUCAUUUAACUGCUCGGGGAAUUGAAGAUGAAUGCAGAGAAGUUAAACACUUUCAAUUUACUGGUUGGCCUGAUCAUGGGGUACCUGAAUAUCCAAUCCCACUGUUACUAUUUAUUCGACGUGUUCGAGCCACUUUGGCAUCAAACACAAGCAGUAUGUGUCAAUCAAGUCAUAACGUUGAACAGACACCAACUGUUGUUCACUGUUCUGCUGGUGUAGGAAGAACAGGUAUUGAUAUUUUUGAAUGA